AGUUACUAUCCAUGAAUGUUGGUUUGCGCUACACUUUCGCGUCGCGGAACGUUGCUGCUUCGGGCCACAGACUCCAGGGGGAAACGGAUCUUUUUAGACCCGGAAGUGCCAAGGCACGACCUCUCUCUAAGUCCAGCUCUAGACAGGUCUUCCUCCGCGGGACAUGGCCGGAAUACGAGCGCUGAGGAAAAGCAAGACGCUGCAAUACGGAGUCCCGAUGAUGCCAUCCCUCAUGUCCCUCCUGAAGCUGGUUUGUCCAAUAAUGCACCAGAGGACAUGUCCCUCCCAAUGCAUGAGAGACUGCUUAUAAUUGGUGGAUCGUUUGGACUCCGCGAAUUCACCCAGAUUCGUUAUGAUGCUCACAAGCUCCACAGUAAGGUUGAUCCAGCUUUGGAAGAAAGAAUCAAAAAGAAUAAAGUGACACUGGAAUCAGAAUAUGAGAAGUUGAAAGGUGCUGCCUUUGAUGAGUGGAAGAACAUCAGAGGGCCCCGUCCCUGGGAAGAUUCCAAGACUGUUCAAGAUCAGCAGCGUUAGACACCCUGACUUCAUUCUCUUUCGUGUGCAUUAUUUCAGAACUGCCUCCCCCGACCUCGCCCCCUCCAGAGGAUGGGUGAAACAGUCGUUAACUCCAGCAAGGAAAUAACUGUUUUGAGCUGCUGUCAUGGUUAACGACAAGCCUUGUAAAUAAAGAUAUUGAAGUGUGUUUCCCAGUGAUAAUCAAUACACUAUACAUACUUAUUGCAAUGGUCAGACAUUUUUAGCCAAGAACACUGGAGUCUUUUACUGGUGUUUCUAUAACUGCUUCAAGUCAAUAUUGAAAGAUGGGUUGAUAUCUAAGAACAUUCCAGGUUUUAAUCUGUUAACAGAUCCAUCAAAAUGGUAACCAGAUUGUAGCAAGGUGUUGUGUUAGCAAUUAAUCCAAGGAGGACUAAAGGGGUGUGAGUCUCUGCAUCACAGGAAGUUUCUAAGCAGAGUUAGGAGGAACAAGGAGUGUGCAAGGCUCCAACACAAGCUCUUUCUUUAUGUGCUGAGGAGAGCAGUUUGGGCCACAGUGGUGACCAGUAGGGGUGCUUUGAUGUAGGCCACAUUUCUUUCCUCAACAAAUUGGGAAUUACUCCUUUUGUGAUGGAAUUCUUAAUUUUCUUCUAAAGAAAGCACUUUUUGGUCCAGCAGGAAGUAUGAAGCAGCCUUGUAUCAAGUUAGAACUUUAAUCUAUGUAGCUUUGUGUUGUCUAAAUGGCAAGAACUCAGAGCAGACAGUCAAUACUAGGGGUCUCAGGCACAUCUUUCCCAAUCUUUCUACUGAGAUGCUUUAAUUGGAAAUCUCAAGAACUGAACCUGGGAUCUUUUGCAUACAAAACAUGUGCAUUACCACUUAGCCAUGGCACAGGAAGCCUAAUAGAUCUUUGAUUGCUCUUCUUGAGGCUACUUCAAACCAGCUAGCUAAGAACAGGAAAGUUCUUAGGUUCUAACCUGCCAGCCCCAUCACAGCCCCUUAAAGGCCUGCAUCUCUCCAUAGGUGGCCUUCUUUUACACAGAAACAUCUUAUGAGAUGCUAUAGUCAAGCAGUGCCCAAGGAGAUGCUUGUCCUACUAGCCUCAGUUGUGGGUUGAAGCUAAAUACAAGUUCUUGAAGCCACAAUAGCUACAUUGGCCCAUAACCACUUAUUCCAUCUGCCAUGUGUUUGGUUUUGCAGUGGUCUGAUUCUCUUCUUCAGUUUGUUGUUUCUAGUGGCAGCUUUUCCCUGCACAAAAACCCACAACAUUUUGAGGUGCAGCACUUCCUGACAGUAUUUGAUCAUGGUGUGUGUGUGUGUGUGUGUGUGUGUGUGUGUGUGUGUGUGGAUUUUGGGAGGCUGUGACUGGCUUCCUUUCAAAAGUUAUUCCUGUUUGUUCAUGUCCACAUGGUAUCCAGUGUUUUUCUUGUAUUAAUAUUUGGAAGUUGUAUUUAUUUAAAAAUAUUUAUAUUCCAUUUAUAGAAAUCAAGCAAACAAAAGCAUUACACACAGAGAGAAAGACACACACACAAGCACAUGGAACAUGGAGCAUUCCAGUUCAGGGGAAAUAGUGAAGACUAUCAUGGUGCUGAUCCCCACCUUGGAAUUCUGAAGAAAGGUUUUCAUUUCACAUCAUCUAAGCAGAGGUAGCUGUCCAAGGGUCCAAGUUCCAUUUCCUGCUUAGGUCAACACAGUAACAGGCUUCUCUUUGAUGUCCUGUAAGUCAUCUGCUACUAACCUUUUUUACUGUCUGUACAAUAAUCCCCUGAUAUAUGUAGCCCCUUCAACAUUCACAUCAACCUGUAUGGUAGUUGUCCUCUCCCUGGUGAUAUUCUAUGUGACAUGAAUAUUUCAGCCAUGACAAUGGUGCUAAUUUUGUGGAUUUACAGCCAGUUGGCAUCCUUUAUUCUUGCAGGAUCUUGAUUGAGUGGGAAAGACCUAUAGGAUUUGCUCUGCUUAUAUGAUUGCAAUCUUGCUCGCUCUCAAACACAAACACACACAAUAGAAGAGGCUCCCAUGUGGUUUGCUAUUUGUGCAAUGGAUAGUGGUUCAACCUGUUUUUGAUGGGUUGCACUCCCCUUGAAGAACUGGAUUCGUAGUUUGAGAAAUGUGCUUGGAUAGUUGCAUGGUGGUUGUGGCAAGGAGUACAUUUGCAUAGCUGAGACUGAUAUGCCAGCUGCAGCUCUCCUUGAAGAGAAUGGAUCUGUCCACUAGGGAUGUGCACAGAACUGUUUUUGCUAGUUAGAAUCCAGACCGGAUUUGAGCUGACCAAGUCCAGUCCUGGGUCUGGCCGAACUGGUUGUGGGCCUCACCGGAUUCCCCUUUACAAGUAUAUCCCUGAACCGGCCCAUUAUUCUUUUAGAACAAGGGCCAGUCCAGUUCGAACUUGGACCGCCUGAGCUGGCUCGCACAUCCUUCCUGGCCACAGUUAUGUAUGUUCUUGUGACUGGGUUACUGCCACACUCUGUGUAGGGCUGUCUUUGAAAACUGUUUAGAAACUUCAGCUCAACAGAAAGCAUGCAUUCUGACUGGAGCAUUAAACUGCAUUAUUGUAUCCACUAUGAUGGAUUCUGAUCUAUGGAUCCAAUUCAAAGUCCUUAUUGUGAUCGUUAAGGCCCUACUGGGUUUAGGAUCUUGCUGUUUAAAAGGACCACCAGUUCUUGCAUGAAUCUACACAUUGACUAAGGUAAUCAGAAGAAGCCCUUCUCAAUAUCCAGCCAACACAGGAGAGUGCCUUGUUGGUGGUUCAUAGGUUGUGGAACUCCCUGCCCUGGGAAAUCUGUUUGACUUCCACUCUGAUGCCUUACCACUCCAUCCCAUGUACAUUUACCAGGGAGUAAGCCCCAUUGAAAACAAUGGGGCUUGUUUCUGAGUAAACAUACUUAGGUAUGGGCUACAUGUUAGCAUAAACUGGAAGCGAAUCUUUCUCCAUUAGUUGUUACUCUUGGCAUUUGUUUGUAUUAUUCUAUUGGAGAAAACUUUGCUUUAUAUAAUGCAUAUUACUUCAGGCACAGAGAGGGUGUUUCCUUCAGUCUUUCAUUAGAGAGUCAUAUGGAUCAUUGCUUGGAAGCGUACAUGCCAAUUUGAGUAAAUUCAUCCUAUGCAUGAAGCAUUUGCUAGGAACAAUGUUUUAAUUACAAAUGCAAUCUCAAAUUUAAAGGUUUAAAACCCUGUUGGCAGCUUUACCUUGGGCCUUUGAGAAAUCUAGCUUGGCAGACCGUAACACGUAAUUACUGUGAGCCUAGGGAGUAAAAACUCUAUCGUAGCAGGAGAAAGAAAUCUUGGGAGAGUUAAUAGAUAGCAUCCCCUUUAAGGACACUUUUUCUGAAGACUGCCUCUGUCAGUGUAGCUCUUUGCUCACAAAAAGCAAAAUCUCUGGGGAUUUUUUUUGUUAUUACCCUAGAGAUCUCUCCAAGCAUAUGGCUGAUUGGAAAUCCCCAAGGAUCUUUAGUUACUGAGCUACAAAUUUUGAUAUUUUUGAGACUUACAUUGUGAAAAGCCUCUUGUCUUGCUUCUGGCAUGGCAGAUAUUUUGGCUGACUACCAAAAAAAAGGGCCCUUAUCCAAUAAUUUUUCAUUAGGCUUUGUUCAGGCAAGGAUACAGGGACACUAUGGAUCCACUAGUUCUAGAAUCUUUACUGAAAUAGGUUCAGUCCCCUGUAUUUCUUGUAAAAAUAAUAAAAAAUAAUCCAGAUUUGGAAGAAAGAGACUAUGGGGAAACUAAAUAAUUGAGACAUUUCUCCUGAGAGGUUCGGAAUGCCUUCAGCUGGCAUUAUGUGAUUUUUUUUCUAAAUGAGAGCAUAUUCCCAAGUAAGGGAAGUGUGCACCUGCAUUGUAGAGAUGCCACACAUGUUUCUAUAUUGUAGAGGUGUCCCAACAUAUCUACCUGUAUUGGAGCGGUGCCAUAUGCAGAUGUAAUGGGGAGAAGCAAAUACUUAUACAGUUUCCAUGCAGGUUGGGAAUACUGAGUUCCUAAUUGCAGAUACACUUUACAAUUCCUUGUAAACCAAUGUGAGAAGCAGUCUUGACUUGUAAGCUGUAGCUGAACAUCCACUUGCUCGGUUUUUCUUUUAAAAUCUGAAAGUCAUACAGGUAGAACAGUUCACUUGUCCUCCAAGUGACUCACUGUAGACCUAAAACCAGAUAUUAGUGUCUGGGUCACAGGCUUGUGCAGUGAAAUCAGAACUUUAAGUGUGUUGGAGUUUUACUUUAAAUUGGAAUUUGUGAGUGCCUUACUUUGCUUCUGUGGCAUUAGUGUUGUCCCAUGUCCUUUUGGAACAGCAGCGAUAGCAGUCACUUGCUUUAUAAAUAUGGCAGCAUCUAGUGGCAUAGCAAGGUUGGAGGUGCAAAAUAUGAACUUCAGCCCCUCACCUGCCCCUCCUUUGCUCAUCACCCACUUGCCAGGCUGUCCUUGCACUGCUGCCAGCAAGAAUAGGCCUACUUAAAGGGUUUGCCUGUUCUCCGUGAGAUAAGUGCAGAGUUGGAGUGAGCAGCACAGUAAGCAUGGUGGCAGCAGAGAGACUGUGAAGGUUGGAGAGAGCACCCUGGGGCCAGGAGAGGCAGUAAUCAUGGCCCGAGUGUAUUGCAUGUCCUCAGCAAUGGUGGCUAUGCCACUAGCAGCACCUGCAAACAGAAGCACCUUAGAACACCUUUAGAGCAGUUAGGGUGACAGGACUCGGCUUAGGGUGACAGGGUUGUGUCUCAGAACUCUUCUACCAUUUUGUGUGCUGGGAUGUUAUAAUGGAUGCUUUGUUCUUCUAAGAACAGCUGGUUUCAGACCGCCUGAAAGUGGAGACAAGAGUGACCAGGUGCAAUAGAGGCCAGGGCUCAAAUGCAUUGUAAUGGUUCAGUACAACAAGGAAUUAGAGAGAGAUGCAAUCACGUGGCAUGUCACAGUACUGCAAAUGUGAGAGAAGCUCUUCCAGCCAGCAUUGCCUUCUCCACACACUCUUAAAGGUACAAGAGUCUUGCACUCUAUUGCACCAUCACAGUGCAAUAUUAUUAAUAUCACUAUGCAAUAUUGCACUCUGUUUCAGGCAUCACUGUGCUGUUUAUGUUGGAACUAUAGGAAAGGAAGCCUCCUUCCCUUCAAUCCUUUGCCCUUGCUUUUAAAAUAGAACUGACUUAAGAAUUUCUAGGAAAUACUAAAAGAAUCCUGCAGAGGAGAAAUAGAGCAAGAUUGUAAAUGUACAUUACCUGCCAACUACUCCCCCGUUUUUGUUUUUGUUUUAAAUCUAGAUGCGUUCUCCCACCCAGUUUCAAUGAUCUGUCUUUUUCAGUGUCAUGUACAGCUGGACUGAAACCACCAUGUAAAUGUUGGUUUAAAACAUUUAGAUUCCACCUUUCCAAGGACACAUGAGGCAUUUUAUGUAAAAUCAGGAACAAUACACCAAUAUAAAAUAAAGUAUAAAACAAUUAGAAUAUAUGAAGCAUUUCAACAUCAUCAACCUAGAUAAAUUUAGAUAUCUAUUUACCAUAAGUGGAAAUGAUUUAACCACAAGUCCUUGUUUGUUUCGAUAUAUUUAUUUAUUUAUACUUUUCUAUCCCACUGCUCCUCCAGGGAUCCCAGAGGAUCCUUACAUAGUUAUCUUUUUAUCCUCAGAACAAACCUAUGGGGUAGGUUAGGCUGAGAGAGAAGUGACUGGCCCAGAGCCACUCAGUGAGUUUCAUCGCUGAAUAGAGGUUUGAAUUUGGUCUCCCCAGCCCUAGUCCAACACUGUAACCAUUAUAUCACACUUGCUCUCUUUACAUUUGAGGAGGGGGAAAAUCAAAGUUGGGGAGUUAAGUUUUUGAAGCCUUCUUGGAUGUAAAUAAUAACUUCAAAAUAUUCAAAUGACAAAUAUUAAUUCACUCCUCUCUCCUUGCCCCCAAAGUUCUAUCCAAAAGUAACAAAUUUUUGACUAUGCCACAAUAAAUAUUUUAAUUACAAAUUAAUCUUUUGGAGAGAGAAAGCCUUUGUUAAUAAAAUGUCACUAUGCUCACUGAGUUAACAAGAAAGAUUAUGUAUGGGGGCGGGGGGGGGGACUCAAGAAAUAUUUUAAACAAUUCACUCUGUCACCAAACAAGUAACUCAGACCCAUUUCUUUUAUUAUGCUGGGUGAUUUCUUUUCUGUAAAGCUCAGGUUCCUUUGUGCCUAUUCCAUAUUAAUUCAGCUCCACAUUUUCCUGAGGUCAGCUGAGAAGGGAAUAGCUUCUGUAGUUCUGCAUUGCUGAUGGAAGUGUUUGAGUCAGACUGAGGAACUGAGACAGCAUAACUCCAGCACUUGGGUAUAUUUGGGACAUUGUGGAAGGAAAGGGGACUCUCUCCAGAUCACUCUCGACUGCUUGCACAGCCCUUUUCCAUGACCACGUAGCCAGAUAGAAAGGCCAAGAAAAAAGAGCAGCUCAGAGGAAAAAAGACAUUGCCCUAGUGCUGUGGUAUUGUUUGUUUUUAAUCCCAUCACAAUAUUACUAUUGGCUGAGGGGAAACGCACCUAAUAAAUGUUGCCCUGCUUCAGGACUCUAAAGGUCCUGAAGGGAAAAUAAUCCUCUUUUUGGCCAUCCAAUUUCUAGGAUUUAGGGAUGGGCCUUGUACGCUCCUAUUUUCCAUUCUUUCUCACUAAUUCCCUCAUUGAUAAGACUCUGAACACUUCAUUAUGAGAAGAUACUGAGUAAGGGCCAAUUUUUCCUAGUUUUGAUUUAUUCUUCUGUGUGUGUGUGUGUGUGUGUGUGUGUGUGUGUGUGUGUGUAUAAAUAAUAUUUAAUUACAAUUGUGGUUGCUGUUACAGUCUAGCCCCAGCCCCCCGUAGAUCAUAGAGCUAUAUAUUCCAAGGAGUGGUGCACAGGUCUAGAUUACAGUUCACUUAUCCAUGGUAACACAGUAAAGCCACCAUGUGUGGGAACAAUGAUUUAUUUAUUAUUAUUUAUUUAUUUAUUCGAUUUUUAUACCGCCCUUCCAAAAUGGCUUAGGGCAGUUUUCAAUUGAAAACAAAACCAUUAAAACCAAUAACAGUUAAAACAGAAAUAUAAACAAUAUAAAACAUCAACUAACAAUUAAAACAUCAUAAAAAACAAUUAAAUGAUCAGAACAAUUAAAAAACCUCUGAAAAGCAGGUUACAGCAUUAAAACAAUUAAAACUAAUUAAAAACCCUGAAAGGCCAGGACAAACAGAUAGGUUUUAAGGGUUCUCCUGAAGGCAAUAAAGAAUUCAGAUUGCGAAUUUCUGCCGGGAGUGCAUUCCACAGCCCAGGAGCAGCUACAGAGAAGGCCCGCCUCUGAGUCACCACCACAUGAACCGGUGGUAACUGGAGACAGACCUCCUCAGAUGACCUUAACGUGCGGUGGGGAUCAUGCAGAAGAAGGUGCUCUCUAAGAUAACUCGGACCUAAGCCAUUCAUGGCUUUAAAGAUAAUAACCACCACUUUGUAUUUUGCCUGGAAACAUAUUGGCAGCCUGUGUAACUGUUUCAAAACAUGCAAAAUAUGGUCUCCCCAGGUUGCCCCAGAGACCAACCUGGCUGCCGCAUUCUGAACUAACUGAAGUUUCUGGACUACAUACAAAGGCAGCCCCACGUAGGGCGCAUUGUCAAGCCGGGAGGUUACCAGCUGAUGCACCACUGUUUUGAGGUCAUCCUCUUCAAGGAAUGGGCACAGCUGUUGAAUCAGCCGAAACUGAUAGAAAGCACUCCUGGGCAUGGCCUCCACCUGAGAUACCAGGGUGAGGCCUGGGUCCAGGAGUACUCCCAGGCUGAUUUAGUGCCCUGAAAAGUGCUCAAGAUGUGGAGAUUCACUAACUGUACAUGUGGGAGCAUACUAAACAUAGAAAACUGUAAUCAUAGCAUUUGGCGAUAUUAGUCUUCACAUUAUGACCCAGAUUGGUUUAGAAGCUUUUCUAUAGAACAGGCAGCACAUGAGACCUUCCUGGAACUAGGAUACAGCUUCAGUGUUGUCUGGAACAGAGAUUUUCCAGAAGAUGUUUGAGUCAAUCAUUUGUUCAUAAGGAAAAGUGAUUGCAUAGCUCUGUUUCAGAGGAUGACGUUUACUUGAUGACCGUGCAGGGCAAAUUAAGCUGUCACUUAGAUGAGUUUAAACGACACCCAAUCAAGCAACUAAUGGUUGGGUGUUAACUGGACAAAGAGGCACCUUUCACUGUGGUGAUUCUCUUUAGCUAGCAGGGGGAGAAUAACUGGCCCUAUCCACCCCCAGCACAGUACUUCCAGUGACUGUUGCUGGUGUGUGUCUUAUGUUUCUUUUUAGAAUGUGAGCCCUUUGGGGACAGGGAGCCAUCUUAUUUGUUUGUUAUCUCUCUUUGUAAACCGUCCUGAGCCAUUUUUGGAAGGGCGGUAUAGAAAUCGAAUUAAUAAUAAUAAUAAUAAUAAUAAUAAUAAUAAAUGUGGCUAAAGGAACCCAGUCAA